GACUAGUGGUUGCCUACAGUAACAUAGGAGGGAGAAGAGAGAGUAGCUGAAACUUUUAACUUCUCCCGGUAGUACGACAAUCUGCUGUACCAAACCCGGUAGGCAACAACCAGCAGUCCUGAAAGUGCAUUACAUUGGAGCGGUCACUCGUCUUGUGCAGUGAAGGAACCACCACCAGAAUAUCCACACCAAACACGGUCAAUGCCCCAUCGGCCUUGUCUUAUGUGUUAACAUUAAAUCUUAUAAACAUUUCAUAAUAAUUUGUGUUAGAAUGUAAAUAACAUACAUUAUUCGUAAUUUUAAAUCUUGCAGUAAUUGGGGCAAAGCUUAUAUCUAUGCCUGUUGUUUAGCCUAUAUUUUUUCUGUAAAAAUCUAGAAGCAAAGUUGUUCUUUUAAUAUUUUGAAAGCGAUGGAUCUCGUGUGAUGUAGGAAGUUCUGGCAGCAGUCGCAUUUAAUGAAGUGGUGAUAAUGAUUUAAUCACUUAAAAUUUACUUUUCAAGCUUUCAUUCAGUCAGAUUAAGGCUUAUUGAACAUAUCAUAAUUAGUGCGCUUUGUAUGUGUUAAAAUACUUUAUGUCACUCUAAGGGCAUAUAGAAAUAAGUGAAAAAGUAGCUAAAUAAACAUGUGGUGGUAAUUUGAGUAAAGCUUUAAAUUGUCAGGAAUGCUGAAGUACAUGAACACUUUGUGGCUUAACAACUGCAGAUACAAGUUGUGGAACAAAUCUAAAUAUUACAAGUAAUAUCUUAAAUUCGAAAGGACACCAAACUCUAGCGAGAAGGUUCCACGCCUUUUAGUGAUAGUGAUAGUGUGAAUUAUUGAUAUAAUUUUCCCACAAACAUGGCCGACGAAAAGAAAACAACCGAAGUUCAAGCUCAGAACACUGGAACAGGAGAGACAUCGUGGAAGAAGAUGACUAAUCGUGAGAAAUGGGAAUAUUUAAUGGGGAACAUAACCGUGGAGCCUAUGUUAGCCUGUUACAUCAUGCCAUGUGUUUUAGCUAUGUUAGCCACUCAGAAUCUGAACUUGGAGAAAGCGUGCCGUGUGAAUCUCAGAUAUGACGAGAAAGUUUGUGCAGCCCUUACUGCUCGCGAAACAGCCAACUACACUGAACAAGAAACUCAAGUCCAGCAACUUGUGGCAGGGAUGACCAUAUGGAAGACAGUGGUCCAGAGCUCUUUACCGUGCCUGCUAAUGUUAUUCUUAGGGUCCUGGUCUGACAGGCACGGCCGUCGGAAACCAUGCAUGCUUCUUCCCAUAACCGGAGAAUUUCUAACGUGCAUUGGUCUUAUCCUCUGCACCUACUUUUUCUUCGAACUGCCAAUGGAGGUUGCCGGAGUUGUUGAGGCUCUAUUUCCGGCCAUCACGGGUGGAUGGUUCACAAUGUUCAUGGCUAUUUUUAGCUACAUCGCUGAUGUGACAACGGUUGAAAUGAGAACCCUUCGAAUUGGUAUAGUGAAUCUGUUCGUCUCGCUUGGGGUUCCUGUAGGAAUGGCUCUCAGCGGGGUUCUGUACUCGCAGAUCGGGUUCUACGGGAUCUUCUCUAUAUCUGCAACAAUGUACGUCAUGAGUUUCUGCUACGGAGUCUUCAGAAUCAAAGAGGCGCCCCGUCAGAAGACAGAGCAAGAGAAGAAGAGGAAAGAAGCAUUCAAACAACAGAGGUGCGGAUUCAUCAGGGACUUUUUUGACAUUCGCCACAUCUCCGAGACUUUCAGGGUCGGUUUCAAGGAAGGGAAGAACAACAGGAGGAUGAGGGUCAUAAUGCUCAUGAUUGCUUGUAUGGUCAUCAUUGGACCCAUGCACGGGGAGAUGGCUGUAAUGUACCUAUUUACGCGUUACCGCUUCAACUGGAAUGAAGUGGACUUCAGUCUGUUCUCCACGUAUGGCAUGAUCACGAACCUCUUCGGUACCAUGGUGUCCGUGUGUGUGUUCAGCCAUGUUCUGAAGAUCGAUGACGCCCUGAUCGGAGUCAUGUCUUGUACAAGCAAGAUUCUGGCAAGUUUCGUGUAUGCAUUCAGCACCACCGACUGGCAAAUAUAUUUGGCACCAUUGGUGGAGAUUUUAAACGGAACGUCGUUUAUCGCGAUGAGGUCUAUCGCUUCAAAACUUGUUCCUACCGACGAACUAGGCAAAGUGAACUCUCUGUUCGGUGUCUGCGAAGCGCUGAUGCCUCUGGUGUACGGGCCCAUGUACAGCGCAGUUUACGCAGCCACAAUGCACUCUGUACCUGGAGCCUUCUUCCUGCUGGGAGGCGGCCUCACAGCUCCGGCCGUCGUCAUCUUCAUCUGGAUGUAUCACGAACACAAAAAAGAAGCUGCAUCGAAACAGACGGAAGCGCUUAACCUGGAAGCGGCGAGCCAAGAGGUGACGAAUAGCAUUCCGCCAGAUUGCAGCAGCGUACAGAAAGGUCAGAACGGGACAGUCACGAACGGAUCGGUAGAGUGUGACUUGAAUGGAGAUGUCUCUGCAGGUGGAGUUCAAAACAAGGCUUACGUAGUCGAAGACGGACACUGAUCGUUUCUGUGAUGUUACUAAAGAAUUUGCUUAAAUGUACAAUUAAUGGUAAAGGUUGCUACUGUUUAAUUCUAUUCUCGAACUUCUAAGCUUAAAGCUGUUCGGUAAGAAUGUAACAGCAUACAGAACAAUCAAAUUAGGAUCAGAAAACUGACGAAUAAUUUAAAGCAGUGACUAAAGUAUACGAUAAUGAAAAUGCUCUCUCUUUCCUAAAAGUAUUUUGUAAGCGACUUGGGGAUUCUGGGAGAAAACGUUUCAAAUAACGCAUUACAAAAGUAUUUGCAAUAAAAUUAAAUUUAAAAAUAUUAAAUAGGUAUAAAUUAAUAUACCUAAUGAUUUCAUAUCGACUGUAAUGUGCUUAUAAAUCCAAGUGGAAAUUACCUGUUUUUACACUAGC